AUGGAUCGCGAGCCAGAUUCGACGUCCAUCACCGUUGCGAGGGAGGUUAUGGCAGCGAGCGACGAGGAUCUGCCAUCACGAAGGGUGCGAAAACCAUCUGCGAAAGUCCGACUGAACCAGACUCCCCAAGAGAUAAUCGACAAUGCGACCGACGGAGCGACGGAGACUGCUGAGGGUAGCCGGCGGACGGCGACCACGCGAGCCGCAACCCUGGCCAAGGAACGCGCGAAACCUAUAGAGGAUGACGACAAGGGACUGCUCCUGACGAUGGGCAAGCAGAUCAAAGAGCUAAACGCAGCGAUCAAGAUCAUGUUCGAUGCGUGGAAGAAGUCGGAAGCAUGGAACAAGAAAGUUGAGGCGGAGCUUCGCGUGGUCACUUCGGAGCUGCAAACAGUUAAGAGCGAGCUACAAGCCGUCAAAGGAGAGCUACAAGCGAUGAAAGAACGCGUGGAGGACGAAAGCGCUAAGACGAACGAAAGCCUCGAAGCAAUCGCGGCAGUGGCUGCGACGCGGAACAGCCCAAGCGCGUCCUACGCGGACGUCGCGCGAAGCGGCUUAGGCGGGCAAGGUCGCGACUCGCGGGUAGCUACGCCGGGCAACGCGACGCCGCCGAGCCGCAGCGACCCCUUAUUCUGUACGAUCGACACAUCAAGAGUUGAUGAAAUGAGCGAUAAGCCCAACGCAGGUCGGAUCCGGGCUGCGGUGGAGAAGGAAAUGCGCGCUAUGGACGGACAGAGUAGCUGGCGCUGUCGGGCCAUCACAGUGGACCCAAGGAAUGCGGACAGGAUUCGGAUCAUUUGUCGCGACGAUGCUGAACAUAGGCUUGUCAAGCAGAUCGCGGAGAAGAGCUUCGGUCCCGGCACACGAGUUCUACAAGACGAACUCUACCCCGUGAAGAUCGAUAACGUGAAGAGAACCGAGGUGCUGGACGAGAAGGGUAAUGUCAGGGCUGAAGCGGCAGAGGCACUUAGCCGAGAAAACGAAACCACCGUUGCCAAGAUAUCUUGGCUGAGCAAGAAAGGCAUGCCCAAGGCAUAUGGGUCCAUGGUCGUGUUCGUGACCAAGGCCAGUGAUGCGCGUAGACUGAUCUCCGAGGGCUUCUUCCACGUCGGAGGAGAGUCCGGCACGACGAUGGCGUUUGAGCGGCGGCCACGUCCUCAACAGUGCUACAACUGCCAGCAGAUCACCAGGCACAAGGCGUAUCAGUGCGCAAACCCCCAGGUGUGUGGACGAUGUGCCAAGGUCGGCCACCACCACAGUGAAUGCAGUGAGACGAUCGUGACAUGCGUGCCUUGUGGCGAACCGCACGAGUCGUUCAGCAAGAACUGUCCGAAGCUGUAUCCGCGCUCCCAUGAGUAG